GGUCUGGAGAACGGAAGUAAACAACAACACCAUCCAGACCUCAGCUGAAGCUUACCAACCAUGGCUGACGCUCAAUUUGACAGUGCGCUCGACCUUCUGCGGCGUUUGAACCCCCGCGACACAAAGCAAAACCUUCAAGCGAUUACGUCUAUCGUUCCAGACCUAACCGAAGAUCUCCUAUCUUCCGUGGAUCAGCCCCUCGAGAUCCGACGCUGCCCAAAGACCAACCGUGACUACCUACUCUGCGAUUACAACCGUGACGGUGACAGCUACCGAUCUCCUUGGAGUAACGAAUUUGAUCCUCCCCUGGACGAUGGCACUGUUCCCAGUGAGAGGGUGAGAAAGCUCGAAGUGGCGGCUAAUGAGGCUUUCGACGUCUACCGGGAGCUGUACUAUGAGGGGGGUGUAGGCAGCGUCUACUUCUGGGAUUUGGAUGAUGGAUUUGCCGGUGUCAUACUGUUGAAGAAGGGGGUAACACCGGGUGCGAAGAGCUCAGGAGAAUGGGACAGCAUCCAUGUAUUUGAAGCUACUGAUCGGGCUCGCAUGUCCCACUACAAGCUUACCAGCACUGUUAUCCUUCACCUGGCCAACGAGACUGAAUCCCUAGGAGAGAUGGACCUGAGCGGUAACAUGACUCGACAGGUGGAGGUAGACUUGCCUGUCGAGUCCGAUGCGAGCCACGUCGCUAAUGUCGGUCGUCUCGUUGAGGACAUGGAGUUGAAGAUGAGAAAUUUGCUGCAGGAGGUCUACUUUGGCAAAGCCAAGGAUGUCGUGGGCGAACUCCGGAGUCUGGCCUCCUUGUCGGAAGCAAGCAAAGACCGCGCUACCCAGCGAGAGAUGAUUAUGUCCAUGCACAGGUAGUCACUGGUGACUGCUCUAGCUGCCUAGCUACCGUGGUGGUCACAGUAGCGAUACCUUGUGUAUCUUCGACUUUUGCGUCUUCCAACAUUGCACUUAUAGCUUAUUGUAUGUAGAUUCGAGAUAAGGUUCCUGGAGAUCUAGCACUCAUUAUUUGGAUAUUUCUCGCUCA